AUGGCAAUAAUCCAGCUUUGGAAGCGGAAGCUUCAGCAACAACUUCAGCAAUGGAAAGGUACGGUCAAGUCGAAUCUUCAGAAGAAUAAUCUCUGGAAGAGAAUGAUCAAGAACACCGUAUGCAUCACUAUCAAUCUAAUCAUCGGGCUUGUCCCGGCAGUAAUUGCUGUAUACGGCCAGUCGACAUAUCUCGGCGCUAUGGCUUCGGUAUUUGGACAUCCUGGACAGCGGUUUGGCCAGAUGACUGAAGUCUUGAUGCUCAUUAUCCUUGGCACUUUUGUCGGGAUCGCUUGGGGUAUCUUAGGCCUAUAUCUUUCGAGCCUUGUCUAUCAUACCGAUAUUCAAGCAGCUUGGGCUAUCAGGGCUAUAUUCUUCACUUUUGCAUUGAUUCUUCAUGGUGUUCUACGUUCUUGGGCACCGAGGUUAUUCAUGUUUGUGUUUUUCUUCCUGCUCAUCAACAUCACCAUCCUAACAAGUGCUACCACAUCCGUAUCAUCUGGUAUCGUCACACAUAUUGCGUACCCCAUCCUUACAGCGAUUGGUGUUAUCAUACUCGUAAACAUAACCAUAUUCCCCGAAUUCUCGAGUGGGUUCCUUGGUAGAUCUACGAUAGAAUCGUUAUGCGCCACCAUCGAUUCUUUCCAAGAGUCUGGAGAUUGGUUUAUGUCCGAUACCAGAAAGUCAGAUGGCGGGGAUGCUGAGAAAGAAAAAGAAGCCUGGUCAACUUUACGUACUAGGCUCAUAGCCUUGACCGAGAAGAAGGCGAAGUUAAGAGCUCAGCUUGGUAGCUCUAAGAAAGCCCAAUCAGAGUGUAACUUCGAGCUGGUUUAUACGGUGCUCCCUCCGCGGUCUUUGAAGCCUAUUAGUAUGACUCUGAUGACUCGCCUCGUCCAAGUGACUAUCUGUCUUAUUAAUGCUUGCGAGAGCAAGUAUGCACUAGCAGGAUAUAAAUAUGAAGAGAACGAGCAAGAUGCGCCGGGCGAAAAAGCAUCUGACGACGAAGAUUCCGAUGCAGAAUCAGAUUCUGACUCGGACAGCGAGUCUGAGAGCGAUAGUAGCGACGAUAAGUCGGAACGCGAGACUAAAAAGUCACGAAGGAAAUCUAAAUAUGCACGAAAACUCGAGCUUAUUAAACCAAUUCGAGAAAUAGAGUCUGGCGACAUUGAAUUCCUCGAGCAUAUUCUUAGUCAGAUUCGUGGCCCGACUAAGAGCCUCCAACAUCAGAUACAAGCUGCUCUUUAUCUCAUAAUCUGCGCACUAGCUUAUUGUUACGAUGCACCAAAUCUCCCGUCCGGUGCCCCAACUCCUAAGGGGAUUAGUAUGGAAGAAAUUGAUCUCAGAAUCAAUAUGUUUAUGGAAGCUUUGACGCAGUUUGACCAUGAUUCCGCCGCGGCCCUUGAGCAUGCAGCCUCUAUACAGUAUGGCCGAAAAUCGCGGAGUGAUAUUACGCCCAAGAUGGAAACACACUUAAUCUCGUCGUUCCUAAUUAGUGUACGGCAUGCAGCUACUCAGAUUAGCGAAAUGUUGAGGCAUUCUAGGGCUCUUGUUGAGAAGAGACAAGCACGACAUGGCCGUCGACGGCUCUACUGGCCUAAAAUUGGUUGGAAGAAGUGGCUCACAAGUGGCGGCGAACGUGACAUAAACGCUCUUCCGGAGAAUGCAAGGAAGGAGGCAAGAACUGGCCACGGUAUCAGGGAAGAUCCGGGGAAACGCGGCGACGAGACGGAUGACAGUGAAGAGCAACUGCUUAGACGUACCGAAGAUGAAGAAACUGGUCACACUAUUUCGAAGCAACCUAGCGUUCCCGAGAAAGGCAAGAUCCCGAUGCGAAAAGGUCCCCAGAAGUCUGAAGCGAGUAGAAUCAUGUGGCUACGUGGACUGGCUGCUGAUAUGGUUGAGUUCUUUGCCGACUCCGACGAUCUCGCCUUUGCCCUUAAAAUGUGUGUAGCAGCAUUUAUCGUUACGUGGCCAGCGUUCGUACCGUCAUUAAAUGCAUGGUAUAAUUCUAUUCGUGGAUCUUGGGCAUCUCUUCAGCUGGUUCUCGUCUUCGAAGUUUCAGUGGGGACGUCAUUUCAGGGGUUCUUUCUUCGAGUUUUCGGUGUCAUCUUUGGCUGUGUUGUCGGCUUUCUUGCUUACGAAAUUGGACAAGGAAACCGAAUUGUCGCUGUGGUUGUUCUCGUAUUUGGCAUUAUACCAUCAUCUUACAUCCAUCUCGGUACACCAUACGUGAAAACAGGCAUAAUUUCCAUGGUUAGUAUGUCAGUGGUCGGGCUUGCAACAAUACUUCAACCGGUCGGAGAAAAUGCAUGGGAGAUAUUUGUUAAACGAAUGGUAUGCUUCCUCGUCGGUGGGACAAUUGCGCUUCUCGUUGAGAUGUUCUUUUUCCCCGUCCGAGCUCGAGACAGGCUCGUCGAGUCUCUAGCUUCGAGCAUCCAGCAGAUAUCGCAGAUGGAAGCAUCGAUAGCUGUCGGCAUAGAUUCACCUAGAAAUAUCAAUAUCAAAUCCAGCUCUCUCAAUGAGAACUUCAACGAUGCCAAGGAGAAGGCCGAACAAGCUCUUGCUGCCGCCCGCACUUUCUUACCUUUUUGUCUCACGGAGCCGAGGAUCAAGGGAAGUUUUAAUGGGCAAGCUUUGAUCUACGGCGAGAUGAUCUAUGUCUUAUUUCAAAUACUCGACCGCAUGGAUAAUAUGCUACAUAUUCGCAAGGCCUAUGGGAGCAGUGUACUUGAGGAGCUAAAUACGGAGGUCCUACCCUAUCGCCGCAACGUAGCGGCCAGUAUAACGCUCACUCUCUUCGCCGUUCACGAGGCCUUAACAACCCGAUUGCCUCUCCCACAAUUCCUUCCAUCUAGUCGUGUGGCACAAUUACGAUACAUCAGUCGAGUCCGUGAACUCCUGCUUGAGCAAGACAUUAAGUCAGCAUAUAACUCUGGUAUCCAGACUCCAGCUAGUCUGGCGAGUGGGUCUAUUCCUCUCCAGGCGCAUGUCUUGAAAUCUAUGACUCGGCAAAGCUUCUUGGCCUGGAAUGCUAGCUCCGCCGGUAUUAUGGAGAUCAUUGAAUAUCUAGAAGAGCUGGUAGACCUUGCCAAGCUGUUGGUCGGGGUUAACGCGUUCCGCAGCGGAAUGCUGGAGCGCCCCAAGUUCCACGAGUAUGUUAGGAAGAUCAAGGAGCGCGAGUCAGAUCGGAAUAUAGCCGCGGCAGAAGCGGAGACACAAGAAGCCCAAAAGAUUAAAAGCCGGAGUGCCAGCAGUAUCGUGCGCAGGAGGCGGGGCUUCACGCUCGGUAAGAUGCCUUCUCACGGCACUGCUACCGGCACGGCUGCGGGUAUAGACAUGGGCGACGGUAUUGGGUUAAGGCAGCGGUCAAAUAGUCUCUGGGGAGGCGGCGGUGAUGGUGCUGCGGACGGUGGCCACGGAGGGGACGAGAUGCCGGAGGAUCUGCCGAUGAGCUUGCAGCGGGUCAUGACGAAGCGGAUGGAGGGGAGGCAGCGUGAGAAAUCUGCUAAGCGCAGGAGAAAUACGGAUGAUCCCAAGGGGAAGCGGCCACUUGUCAGACCGGCGCAGACUUGGGCACUGUAG